AUGGGAAACUUCGUAAAUCUUGUAAGGGAACUUGCUGAAGAAUGCAGUGCAGAAGUAAGCCAGUGGUUUAAGCGUCGGAACAAUUUCCUCUCUGAUACAAUUCAAAAUGAAAUUUUAGAGGCAUAUGCUCAUAACAUUUUACAUGAGAUCAAAUUAAAAGUAGAAAAUUCCAGAUUUAUUGGCAUUAUAUGUGAUGGUACCACUAAUUGCUCUGGCAUGGAACAAGUAUCAAUCACUGUCUGGUACGUUUCUGAAGACUUGAAUGUCAAUGAGGAUUUUCUAGGUUUUUAUAAUCCCCCUGACUGCUCUCCGAAGACACUGACUAAGAUUAUUCUAGAUGUUUUUUGUCACCUAAACAUUUCACUUGGCUCAAAGUUAUGCUGUUUUUCAUUUGAUGGUGCAAGUACCAUGAGUGGAAACAUUUCAGGUGUACAAAUGCGAUUGAAAAAUUUGUUCCCAGGUACAUAUUUUGUACACUGUGGAAACCACUCUCUAGACCUUGUCCUCCAAGAAGUUACUUCUAAGGUUAUCUUUGUAGCUGAUGCACUGAACUUUGUUCAUCAAUGCGCCAUUCUUGUAAAAGUGUCACCAAAAAGAAAAGCACAAUGGACAAAUCUUUAUGGUGAGAAUGUCAUCAUGUUGCAAGCAGUGUGUCCACCUCAGUGGUGCAUUAGAGUAACAGCACUGAAACAAGCAGAAAACAAUUAUAAGAAUAUUCAAAAUUUUUUGCUUGACCUUCUUAAUGACUCGUCGUUAAGAGCAACAACAAAGGCUACUGUUAAAGGGCUACUAAAACAAUCUGGCAAAGCUUCCAUUUUGUUCGGCAUUAAAAUUGCUGGGGAUAUAUUUGGG